AUGGACUUGGAGGCCCCGCUAUCGCUCAGCCGGGGUUGUUCUCCUUUGGAGUGCUUAGAGGCAGUCCGCGACGUCGUCUUAGCCGCUGAAGUGGAAGUGGUGGGACCGACUCAUUGCCAAAAGAGCGUGACCAGUAUCCCAGGAAAUCCAAAAAACACCCGAAACACGGCUGGUGUCUGGCAAAGAGAUUCUGAGUGCAUCGCCUCUAUAUCAUUGAAUUUUUAUAAAGAUCUUUAUUCGGUCUCAAGCGAUGCUUCUACCCAAGAUUCUAAUUGGUGGGAUCAGUUGCAAUUACCAUCUCUCUCUUCAGCUCAGCAACAGCUUCUUAUGGCUCCUUUUUCUGCUCAGGAAAUUCAGAGUGCUAUUUUUGGUAUCGAUGACAACAAAUCUCCAGGACCUGAUGGAUUUUCUUCAGCUUUCUUUAAAGCCCACUGGUCUGACGUUGGUCGGCUUCGCUUGAUCUUGCCUAGUUUGGUGGCUGAUUACCAGAACGUGUUUGUUCCAGGUCGUCUUUUAUCGGAUAACGCGUUGAUUGCUCAUGAGGUGUCUCCUACAGCAUGUGACAAUCUUAUGGCUCUCCUAACUGAGUUUUGCGGGUUAUCGGGGCAGGUGAUUAACUUACAAAAGUCGUUCGUUAAGUUUAGCCCGAAUACGCCGGAGGAUUAUCGGGAUUAUCUUUCUAGUAGCCUGAAACUUCAUUGCAAGCCCUCUCUUGGUUCUUAUUUGGGGUUACCGGUUGAGUUCGGUCGCAGUAAGGUGGAUGACUUUGGUUUUCUGAUUGACAAAGUGGUUAAGCGACAAUCUGAUUUUGCGGAUGUUGGUUUGUCUUCUACUGCUAAAUUAGUAAUCAUUAAUUCGAUUUUGGUCGCUUCUUUCAAUCAUAUUUUAUCGGUGUUUAAAGUUCCUCCUUCAAUCUGUUCUCGCAUUGAUAACUUGUUGGCUCGAUUUUGGUGGAAAUCAGAUUCUCAAUCUCGAGGUUUAGCGAUGCGUUCGAAAUCUCUUCUUCGGCCUAAAGGGCUGGGAGGUUUAGGUAUACGUCAAUUGGAAAGCUUUAACUCUGCGCUCCUUACUCGGCAAUGUUGGCGCAUUCAUCAACAUCCCCAGCUUUUGGUUUCGAGGUUGCUUACUGCUAAGUAUCCUUCCCUUCGUUCUUUUAAGACUCGGACGAUUCCUCGGUCUUCUUGGGGUUGUCGCAGCCUUUUAACGGGCCUGUCCACUCUUGAUCGGGGUAUUGCUAGGAAGGCCGGUUUGGGUUCUAAGGUUCGUAUACUUGAGGAUGAUUGGGUCCCAAGGGGGCCUGUUGUUUUUCGUGAUGGUUCUGGUGUGUCGGAUCCUCUGACACAUGUUUCUUCUAUUAUUAAUCCGCGUUCUUACGCGUGGGAUUCGACUUUAGUUCAUCGGCUUUUUUAUACUUCUACAGCACUUCGCAUCAUGGCUUUGGAUCGCCCUCUUCAGCCAAUGGACGAUUUCGUUUACUGGAAGUUUUCUAAGAAUGGAUCUUUCACUACUAAGUUUGCUUACGCAAUGUUGCUAAGACAUUCGGUGUCUUCCAGGCUCCGAGGGAUACUGAUUGAUCCAACUUGCGUGUUCUGUUACCAAGAACGUGAAACAACAUGCCACCUAUUUCGUGACUGUUCAUUCACUUAUCAUCUUUGGGCCAGUGCUCCGAUUGCCUUUUCAUCUCCACUUUUGCAUGGAAAGCCUUUUACUGACUGGUUUAUUGAUACGGACUGGAUCUCUAAGAGUGUUUUAGCGCAAGGGUUCAGGUCCCUUGUUCGCUCGUUAAGGAAUUCAUCUCUUACUAGUUCGACAGCUUCUGAUUCAUGUUAUAUACAGGGUGAUUUUUCCUCUACCUUUGAUGUUUGCCUUCUUUUUGAUGGGGCCUGGAAUGCUCAGAAUCUUAGUGCCGGAGCAGGUUGGAUUUUUAGGGAAGUGUUUUCAGAUUCCGUGUUGGGAGGUGGCUCGAGAGCCUGUCACUCCUCUUCGGCCCUUCAGUCUGAGUUACAGGCAUGUUUGUGGGCUCUUCGGGCUGCCGGUCGUCGGGGCUUUCGUCGUCUUCUUAUCUACUCUGAUUUUUCGAAUCAUUUUUCUCUUCUGCGAGAUGGUGGUGACGGAGAUAUUUCUUGCCACUGGUUGCUUUACGAGAUUCGGUUUUCUGUCUUGCAGUUCUCUAUCUGCAAACUUCGCAAGGUUCCUCAUCAGUGGGUUGCCGUCGUCGACAAUUACUUAGUUGGACCUUCUAGUUUUAGUGUGUAUUUUCUUUUUUAG